GAGUACUUAUUGUAUCCAUAUACAUGAUUUUAGGUUAUAAAAUAUUUGGGGUUGGGUUGGGUAAAAUUAUAAACCCACACCCGACCCAAUGUUGGGUUCAGGUAAAAAAUUUUGGGUCAGGUAAACGAAGGGGAAAGAAAGGAGCCGCCUCCGCUGCUACCAAAGAAGCAGAAGCCCUAGCAGAGGCUCAUUCCAAACCAGCUUCUCUCUUUCACUCCACAUGGAAGGUAACGAUUUCGAUCGGCUUCUCUUCUUCGAGCACGCUCGCAAGACUGCUGAAACCGUUUACGAGAAGAAUCCUCGCGACGCCGAUAAUUUGACGAGAUGGGGCAGUGCUUUACUCGAGCUGUCCCAAUUCCAGCCGGUUCCGGAAUCCAAACAGAUGAUUAUUGAGUGCAUUUCAAAGUUGGAGGAGGCAAUACUCAUCAACCCGCAAAAAGGUGAUGCCUUGUGGUGUCUCGGAAAUGCACAUACAUCUAAUGCAUUCUUGACUCCUGAUAAAGAGGAAGCACGGGGUUAUUUUGAUGAAGCUGCUGAAUGUUUUGAACGAGCAGUGAAUGCGGAUCCGGGGAAUGAACUUUACUGUAAAUCUUUGGAAGUUGCUGCUAGGGCUCCAGAGUUGCACGCGGAAAUCCACAAGCAGGGUGCAAUGCAACAAGCUAUGGGGGCAGGACCUUCUACUUCUUCUUCAACUACAAGGCAGCAGAGCUUAAAGAACAAGAAGAGCAGUGAUCUGAAGUAUGACAUAUGUGGGUGGGUCAUUCUUGCUAUUGGCAUUGUUGCGUGGGUCGGGUUUGCAAAAUCUCAGCCUCCUCUUCCUCCUCCCCAACCAAGAUAAAGCUUUCUUUAUCCCCCCUCAGCUACAUGCUACUUGCUGGAGCCUGGUAAAAAAAUUCCUCAUGUUUGGUGGUGCAUUUGACCUUUUCUUGACUUCUUAUGAGACCCUUUGGAAGAGUGGCUAAAACACACGGAUUUUCCCUCUUUUUUGUUCUGUUAAAGUUUGAAUAAUUAGUUCCUUUUUUAAAAACCUUAUUACCUUAUCAUAUAGCUUUUGAUAAGUUGCAUGACUUGCUCUAUGUUUUGUAUGCCAAAUUAUUUGUCCCCCCCCCUCACAACCCUAGACUGAUCACAGUUUAGUUACUUCAUAAACUACUACGGAGUACAUUUUCAAUCUCGUGAUUGUCACUUUCUUUAUCUAUUGUCAUUAGUCAUCUGAUAAAAUAAUAUAGUGAUGUCAUU